ACUGCCCUCUCGUACCUUCUCUCACACACACGCACGGAUUUUUACUCCCAUUUGGACUGUCUGAAAAGGAACCAUACAGAAGACUUGUCUGAAACAAUCUUACUCAGGAUUUAUUUUUGCUACACUGUAGCUUCAUUGGGAUUGACUGGUUUUAAUUUGAAAACGCAAAAUGACUCAAUUCAAUAAAGGACCUGCCUACGGAUUAUCGGCUGAGGUGAAAAGUAAAAUCGCUCAGAAGUAUGACAUUCAGAAGGAGGAGGAGCUGAGGUUCUGGAUAGAAGAGGUGACGGGGAUGGCUAUCGGAGACAGCUUCCAGAAGGGCCUGAAGGACGGAGUCAUUCUGUGCGAGCUGAUAAACAAACUGCAGCCCGGGUCAAUAAGGAAGAUCAACCAGUCACAGCUGAAUUGGCACAAGCUGGAAAAUCUGGGGAAUUUCAUCAAAGCUAUCCUGGCCUUUGGCCUGAAGCCAAAUGACAUAUUUGAGGCCAAUGACCUGUUUGAAAGUGGGAACAUGACUCAAGUCCAGACCACACUGCUCGCCCUGGCCAGCAUGGGCAAGACCAAAGGCAUGGACUCAAAGAUCGACAUUGGGGUUAAAUACGCAGACAAGCAGAUGCGGCACUUUGAUGACGAUAAGAUUAAAGCUGGCCAGUGUGUGAUUGGACUACAGAUGGGGACCAACAAGUGUGCAAGCCAGGCGGGUAUGACUGCUUAUGGGACUAGGAGACAUCUUUAUGACCCAAAGACCCAGACAGACAAGCCCUAUGACCAGACCACCAUCAGUCUUCAAAUGGGAACCAACAAAGGAGCCAGCCAGGCUGGCAUGUCAGCCCCGGGCACUCGUCGGGACAUCUUCGACCAGAAGGCGGCCGGGCAGUCGGUGGAUAACUCCACCAUCUCCCUCCAGAUGGGCACCAACAAGGUGGCGUCCCAGAAGGGCAUGAGCGUGUACGGCCUGGGCCGCCAGGUGUACGACCCCAAGUACUGUGCCACCCCGACAGAGCCCAUCAUCCACGCCAACGGCAGCCAGGGCACAGGCCCCAACGGCUCCGAGAUCAGCGACAGUGACUAUCAGGCCGAGAUCCAGGAAGAGGAGUACCAAGGCAGUUACCAGGACGACUACAGCACCCAUUACAACGACCAAGGCAUCGACUACUAGUACCAGGGCCGAUUCGCUACUUAACCGCUAGUCGGAGCAGUAUUAACUCGUUAAAUUUUUAUCUGGGAAAAACAACAGAGCAAGUCUUUUGCUAUUCUCGCUAGCUUUUUUUUGUUUUUGUUUUAUUGAUGCGUAAAACGAGAAAUGUUGCAUUGCUCCUUCACCACCCUAACUCUUCGAUUUGAGCGCCAAUGGUUUCAUGGGUUGUAGUUAAUCAUAGAAGGGUGAGAUAAUGUUGGAGAAUGAUCUUGGUUUUUGUUUGAGAACAUUCCUUUUUUUAAAUCUACUGUUUUAAGUGUUUUUGAAGUAUGGUACACUGUGAAGUAGAGAUUCAUUUUUGACCAACUUUGUAGAAUCUACUCAAUGCUACAACCCCACUUUAUGUAUUUUUACCCAACAAUGUAUCACAUUUUAAAUGAAGUCUUAAAGGUUCACUAUCGUUUAAAUUUCCUACCCUUAAACAAAACAUAUUUUUAUAUAUGCAGAACAUGGGGGAAGUGUGUGGACCAAUUACUCUCAUCUCACCAGCCUUUUUUUAAAUAUAUAUUUUUAGAAGGUUUUGAAUCACUGACACCAGAUUAUUUUCCCUACUGAGUUCAUUCUAAUGCCUAUUUGUAUGACGUAGAUGACCAAACGAGUUGACAGGAUUCUGCUUAGGCCUAUUUGUAUAGGGCUAGACAUCAAGACCUCCCUCAUGUUCUUGUAGCGCCCCCCCCCCUUACAUCCUCUGUAUUUAUUGCCAUAUCUCUCAUUAUAAACCAGUCACCUGUUAUACGGUUCUUUUUAAUAAUAAAUUGUACGUUAUAAAUAAAGCCUUGAAUACCUUGGUUUUCCAAGCA